AUGUACCUUAUGAUUGAAGAAGAUGAAGAUAUUCAUACUUGCUUCACGAUGAAUACAGUUGCUGAAUCAUUCUUUGAGAUUGAUGCGAGAAAAAGAAUUGACGAAGAAGAACAACGACUACUACCACUUCUAGACACUUUGGAUUCGGAUUCAGCGGACAAAUCGAACAAAAUGGAGCAGCAACACCAACAGGACGCUCCGGAGCACAUGGUUCCGGUUCUCCUUGAGGAUAUUGCCGACACUACAACUGACACGAUUCAGUUCAGCAAAAUCUCGUUGGUUCGUGUCCAGCUCAUCGCCGUUGUUGAAUCAAUCAAGAUCAACGAGAAGGACAACGGAACGGCAUACAUCAAUGCCUUCCACUUAAAUGUGAUCGGACGGGCCCAAAUUGAAGCCAGCGAAAUUUUCCACAGAAUGGCCAAAAAAUUCUAUGAAAAGAACCAUGCUGCACUGCCUGCCGCGCAAACAUCGGGGAUUGCCGUCCAACUGGGUAUUGAUAAAAAAAUAGGAGACGUCUCCAGUUUCCCGAUCGACCUGCUCGAGUCAUCUGCAUCUGUGGAGAACAACGGAGGCCAGUGGCCAUCAGAAAUCGAGGAGAUGGCAGCUGGGUUGGUGACUGAUGGGCCAGAUGAUGUCGAACUCAAUGCGAUGGAGCCGUUCGAAGAAUAUGAGGUUGUUGACGACUCUGUUGCUGGACCUAGCUAUACCUGA